AUGUACGUAAAAAACGACAUCGCAAGCACACCCCUGGAUGUAGUGGUACCUGAGGAAUUGGAGUGCGUAUGGGUUCACCUCAGACCACCAAGGCUCCCAAGGGAGGUUACAUCCCUCGCCCUUUGUGCUGUCUACAACCCUCCAGCCUCAAUUCACGAAAACACUUUACUCGAUCACCUUUCGGAAUCUGUUGACGUGCUCCGCAACUCUCAUCCUGAUGUAGGUUUAGUCAUCCUGGGCGAUCUCAAUCGCCUUGACAUCUCUGAGCUGUGCUGUUACAGUUCUUUACAGCAAAUCGUCAAAGCUCCAACUCGUGGCGUAGCAGUUCUGGAUCAGAUACUGACCAAUCUGAGUAGUUUCUACAACUCUCCACUCAUCGCUCCCCCGGUUGGUCUCAGUGAUCACAACUGUGUCAUUCUGUCCAGUAAACAAAGAACGACACCCAAUGCAAUCCACAAAAAAGUAGUGCGUCCGAUGCGCGACUCUGAUUCCAGGGCAUUUGGGUCCUGGAUCACCACUCAUUCGUGGGACGAAGUUCUGCAAGCCACCUCAGCUGAGAGCAAGUGCAACGCUUUCUACCACACACUGAAGUGCGCAGUGGAUAAGUACUUCCCGACCAAAGUGGUAUCCCUCCACUGCAGAGACAAACCCUGGGUCACUCCAGCCAUCAAAGCCCUAAUUGCUAAACGCCAAAAUGCAUUUUCCAAGGGUCAUGUUAGUGUCUGGAAACGGCUUCGGAAUCGAGUUGCUAGAGAGAUAACCUCGGCUAAACAACACCAUUACCGGGACAAAGUUAAGCACCUCAAGACUGCCGACCCGAAAGAAUGGUAUCGAAACAUCAAAGACAUGACCGGUAUACGUCCCGACAGUGGCAACGCAAUCCAGGGCAUCAGCGCCACCUGUCCUAAGGAUGCCGCUGAUGCCAUCAACCAGCACCUGGCGGCGGCCUCCCAACUGUUCCCACCUUUGUCCUUAGAUGAACUUCCGUCCUUCCUGCCUGCUUGUAACCCUCCUCCCAAGGUUACAGUGUGGGACAUGUAUCACCAACUUCGCAAAGUGAAGCUAGGCAAAGCUGCAGGUGUAGAUGAUGUCUCUCCCCGCCUGGUGAGAGAGUUCGCCUUCGAGCUGAGCUUGCCUUUGUGCGACAUUUUUAACACCUCGCUGGCUGCAGGAUCCGUGCCAUCUAUGUGGAAAAAAGCCAACGUUGUCCCCAUUCCCAAGGAGAACCCACCGCGCCUUGAAAAGUUGCGACCAAUCUCUUUAACCUCAAUCUUCGCUAAGAUUUGUGAAGAUUUCGUCGCCAAGUGGUGCCUACAGGACAUUCUUCCCUACAUAGACAACCGUCAGUUUGGUUCACUUAAGGGUAGGUCCACGACACACUGCCUGACAAGUCUUGUUCAUAGUCUGGCCAGCACUACCGACAAACCCGGUCAUACCAGCACCUUGGUACUCACGGACUUUACGCGUGCGUUUGACCGUGUUCAUCACCUGACUGCGAUGAAGAAACUCCUUGAACUUGGUGUUCGUCGUUCUAUCCUCCCUUGGAUCUGCGAUUUUCUUUCACACAGACAGCAGCGAGUCACCUACAAAGGGACUUUUUCUGACUGGGAAACCCUUACCUGUGGAGUACCCCAAGGUACGAAGCUUGGUCCCCUGAUCUUUCUUGUCCUCAUUAACGAUGCAGUCCCCCAGGAAGUUACCUCAGCAGAGGCCUGGAAAUAUGUCGACGACAUGUCGCUCGCUGAGGCCAGUCUUGCAACACAACCUUCCAAAGUUCAAACCGAUCUGGACAAUCUUGUCAGCUGGACUGACAAGAACUACAUGCAGCUUAACCCAACUAAAUGCAUGGUGAUGUACAUUUGCUUCCUGCGAAGACCGCCUGAAACUCCCAAACUGUUUGUUGGCACAUCUGAACUCGAAGUUGUGCACAUGGCCAAGGUCCUGGGUGUAAUACUACAAGCAAACUUGAAGUGGACUGCACAUGUAGUAAUGAUUGUGGGCAAAGCUAACCGCCGCCUUUACAUGGUUAGGUGUUUGAAGAAACACGGUCUGAGCACUAGCGACUUAGUACUUGUGUACAUAGGGUUUGUCCGCCCCACCCUGGAAUACGCCUGCCAGGUUUGGCACCCUGGUCUUACAGUAGAACAAUCACGUAUGAUAGAGCGUAUCCAGGUUAGAGCCUGGUCCACACUCCAGGCUCACUUCUCAGGGAAGCGGCACCAGCGACUGCUGGGCCUGAAGGAGGGACGUCAGAACCAGGCAGACAGGAGCGUGUUUAUCACCGGCUUUGGAAAGGGAACCUCUGAACUGGAACUCACAGACUACUUCAGCAAAUAUGGCGAUGUUUCCAAUGUCUUCAUGGACAAAGACAAAGGUACCUAUGCUAUUGUAGAGUUCAGCACCAAGGACAUCACCCAGGCUGUACUGCAGGCAUCACCCCACACUCUCCAUGGUGCAGAGCUGACUGUCAAACACAGAGAAGUGAAGGCCUUCUCUCCUAAGAGCAAACACAAGAGGCAGAUGGGGACAGGAGAGGGUCAGGCUGCAGACCAAGAGGAACUGUUAAGAGCAAUGUGUGGUCAGCAGUCGGUUGAGGAUCAGAUGAGCAUGCUGGUGCAAUACCACCAGAUCCCACCAGAGGGAGUUCGUGUCAGGUACCUCGUAUGCAGUCUGAUACAGGAGGUGUUGAAGGAGUUUUUCCCCGCCUGCAGAAUUUUCCCCUUUGGUUCAUCCGUGAACGGGUUUGGCAGGCCAGGAUGUGAUCUGGACUUGUACCUGGACUUUGGACGCUCAAAAUUUGACUACCAGUUCGCAACAUCCUCAAGCAGUAUUUCAGAAAAGAAUUCGACAGAUCCUAACAGAGAAGAAGCUACAGAAGAGACUGUAGACUCUGCAGACAUGAACUCCACAGAGAAAACUGAGUUGGACAGUGAAACUGUGGUCUCCAUGGAGGACAUCGAGUCAGCCUCAGUUGAGGAGCUUCUGGACCUGCUGGCCAGCAUCUUAAAGAGAUGCGCACCUGGUUGUGCCAAGGUGCAGGUGGUUCCUUCUGCCAGGUGUCCUGUGGUUAAGUUUGUUCACAAAGACACGGGACUCCAUUGUGACAUCUCUAUCAACAACAGACUUGCUCUCCAUAACACAGAGCUGCUGCACCAGUACAGAACAGCCAACCCAGGGCUGGGGCCACUGGUGUUUGUGGUCAGGGAGUGGGCCAGACUGUGUGGUAUAGCUGGUAACAGUGCGGGAGGGGGGCCACGACUCACCAACUAUGCCCUGACAUGGCUGGUAGUGUACUACCUACAGAUGGAGGGAGUUCUACCAUCAGUACAGGAACUCAGGGAUGUGUGUGAGCCCACUGAGGUGUUGUUGGUAGAUGGUUGGGACUGUUCCUUUACAAGACAGAUGGAGAAAUUCCCAAACAAGGGGAAAACUCCCUCACAAGUUCAACUGCUGAAGGGAUUCUUCCACUUUUUCAGUAAAUUUGAGUUUGAAACUUCAGUGGUAUCUCCUCUCACUGGCCAGCACCUGUCAGUUACCAAAGUUUCAGCCAAUCAGAUCAUCUCCACAGCUGAUGUGCAAGGAGAAUCACAGCAAUCAACCAAUCAGGUGUCAGCUUCCCAGCAUGCAUUAGAGGGCAAGACAGCCAAUGAGGGCUCAGACAGCUGUCAACAGUUCAAGAUUGGACCAAUCAACAUACAGGAUCCAUUUGAGUUAAGCCAUAAUGUAGCUGGAAAUGUCAACGAAAAAACUGCACAAAGAAUUUCAGAGGAAUUCAGCAAGGCAGCCGAGAUUUGUGCGAAGCAGAAUUUUGGCACAAAGAUGCCAUAUUUACCAGAGUCAGUGGCUUGGGGGGUCGCUAAGUUGCUGAAAAAUGCUGCCAAAUCAAGACAACAGACCAAGAAACAGUGUCUUCACCAAACCCCUACAGAGCCUCCCAACCCCCUAUCACCUGAACAGGGGUCAGAGGGCACGCCUACCGAGAAGGCAUCUGAGAAAGAUUUUGUGAUUCCGAUACAGAUGAAGAUGUCAAAACUUCCACCGCACUUUGUAACUGCGUUCUCCAACUCCCUUGAGUUGAAACAGACUUGGUGUGAGAAAGUGGAAGGUUUUGUGAGAGGGCUUUUUACACAAGUGCUCAAGAUGGAAGAACAGUCCAAGACAGAAGACAUCCAAGAAAGAUCGGAAGAUGUCCCUCAAACUCAAAGUAGUGUGAGGUUAAAUGAUGAUGACACAAGAGGCUGGAAACGAUCUCACAGCCCUGAAGAACAAGGGUCAAAGGUGAAACUCAAACGUAUGGAAUGUCCAGAAGGGACUGAUCCUGAAGGUGUAGAGGUCAAAGAGUGCCAAGGUCACUUACAUGCGACAGGGAUCAAAGAAAGGAGGAGCCAAGACCCUCAGCCAUCUUGCGUAGGAGGGGCCAGCAGUUCCUCCAAGGAUAUUACUAGAAGACAAGAUCAUGUAAAUGUCACAAAAGCUGAAACUAGCAUUGAAAAGAGUUCAGAUGACAUUGGCAAGGCUGUCAAAGAUGAUGUAGGACAAGAUAUCAAGUGCAAAAACGUGACUGUAGCUCAUGAUGAGGAUGCAAGUCAUGCACUUGGCAGUGAAGGGCAUUUGUUGGUGACUUAUGUUACCAAGCACAGGGUGUGGAUGGGCAGGAGAAAGGUACGCAGGCAGCUACCUAGGGACGCAGUUCCAGCACUCUCAUUGGAGGAGCAAGUGACCAAUAGGAUUGUAGAAGAGGACCCAGUGGGUGGGACAGAGAUGAUUUUCCAGGUGCAGUAUGGAAGGAAGUAUGAUGUCAACAGCACAGCUGUGGAGCUGAGGUUCCUACCGGAAAAGAGGGGGGACAGGGAAUUCUGGGACUUUUUCCACUUCCUGGAGUUGUUCCUGAUCAAAAUGGUAAAUAAUCACAUGGUGGUCUAAAAGUCAACUGUCAAAAGAAAGAGAUGCUGAACGAGCAAUUACUGAAUGUAA